GACGAGAUUAAAUGACUCUCGCUCCGUUCCAUUUAUUGUUAGUGAUCUCGUAGCACUCGUAAACAUAAUGUGUCUUUGUUUAAUUUUUAGCAAACAACAAGGAUGAGAGAAUUCUACGAGCGUCGCGAUCAUUAAAUGGAACGCAGCCUUUGUUUAAAAAAUUCUUGAAUAUAAAAAAAAUUAUAUCAAAUAUAAAAUUUUUUGAAAUCUUUAUCUCUUUUGAAAAUGGGGAAAAGUCAAAAGUAUAUAACAUAUCAUAGAUAUAUAUUACAGAAUAUGUGAAUAUAAAAAAUAUAAGAACAUUUGCAACCACUACCAUGGCUUUAAAGUUUGCUUGUAACCUAUCUUUUAUGUUUACGGAGGCUCCCAAUAUUAUUGACAGAUAUCAGCUGGCUAAGCAAGCAGGAUUUAAAGCAGUUGAAAGUGGAUUUCCAUUUGGCUUCUCUGUUCAACAGGUUGCCACAGCUAAAAAGAAAGCAGAUGUCAAUCAAAUAUUGUUGAAUGUAUUCACAGGUGAUGUUACGAAAGGGGAAUUGGGUUUUGCUGCAAUUCCAGGUGAAGAGGAAAACUUCAAGAAAAGUAUUGAGAAAACGAUAGAAUAUGCAAAAGCUUUGGAUUGUAAGAUGAUUCAUGUAAUGUCAGGAAAAGUAGAAUCGCCCACUACUGAUAAUGACAUAGUUUAUGAAAAAAACCUGUUAUAUGCCAUUGAGAAAUGUAAAUCGGAAGACAUUGUUGUUGUUAUUGAACCGAUUAAUAAUUAUAGUGUCCCAAAUUAUUACAUGAAUAAUUUUCAGAAAGGUUUAAAUUUAGUAAAGAAGAUAAAUAGUGCACACUUUAAGCUACAAAUGGAUAUUUUCCACUUGCAACAUUGCUGUGGUAAUAUUACAAAAUGCAUUCAAGAAUUUUUACCUUAUGUGGGUCAUGUUCAAAUAGCUCAAGUUCCUGAUAGGCAUGAGCCAGAUACUCCAGGCGAGAUCGAUUAUAAAUAUGUAUUUUCUUUAUUGGAAAGAAUUGGCUACACCGGGUACAUUGGUUUGGAAUAUUGGCCAAAAUCAUUGACAACAGAAGGAUUAAAUUGGAUUAAGAAAUAUGGUUACAAUUUGUAAAUAUAUUUCACAUAUAAAUUUUUUUAUUUAUCUCUUAAAUGAGAAAUAUAUUUUCAUAUGUGUAUUGCAUAUGAAUUAUAAGAAAAUAAACAUCUACCAAUUUCAUGUAAACACAUCUUAAAACAAUAAAC